UCGCACCUCAACCUGAUACGCGACGAUAUAUACGAUUUCGUUAUGACCAAGUCAAUAUCCUGGCUUUGUGCAUCCGCGGUCUUUAUAUUCUGAAUCUUACGGCAGACGCUGGUCUAUUGAUUCCGCACGUUGUGCAGCGCCGAUAUCAAGAAGUGAUUUUUAUUUAAAAACGAAGCGACGGCAGAUGGCAAAAGCGACCCUUGGAGCAAUAUGGAUGGCGGUGUGGGUGGCAGCCGCGAUCGCAGCCUCCCUCAGAGAUGUAUCUGUCGUAUUACCUGGGCGUGAAUUUUUCAAGGGGCUACCUGAAGAUGAACAACCGGACUUUCUAACUUUUGAACUAAGCCGCGGAUACACGGAAAAAUUUAUGGAAAAGAAAGGAAACAUGUUAUUCCGCGAUGAGGAAUUGGUGAUAAACUUUCCGGAGGACCUCGGCAUUCCGGAUGGACUAGUACAAAAGUUUGAGGCUCUGGAGGUGCCGCAAAAUUUCACGGAAAAUUUGUACGACCUGGUUAAAACGGAGUUCAAUCUUGACGAGCCGAGCAUCCGUACUUUGAUUCUGUCCCGUAGUGUGUGUUUGGUGAACGGGGUAUGCAUCGAUCUCGACGACAUAGGUUCGUUGUGUUGUCCAUUUUGAUUUUGAUUAAUCCUGAUCCUUGAAGUCGUUGUACGAAGUUUUCUUUAGAACCUCCGUGACUACUUAUAAUACAUAGAGUACUUAUUAUAUAUAUAUGAUUACGUUUUCUCGUUGGAUCAAUG